UCACUUCCGCCCGCUCCUCCCGCCGACCGUCUGCAGCUCGGGAAAGAUGGCGGCACUGAGGGCUCUAUGCGGCCUCCGCGGCCUCGGGGCCCAGGUGCUGCGGCCCGGCUCGGGGAUCCUCCUGCCGAGUCAGCCCAGCAGAAAAAGUGAAUGCGAGCAGAGAAACCAAGCACACUGUUGAUGCCGUUUGUAUGGGCUCUAUCUUUAAUUCCUCAGAGGUGCUCGGCAGUGGCAGCCAGAUGUGGAAUUUGCAGAGCAGUAUGCAGGACCUGUCAUGUACCCCUCCAAGGAAACAGCCCACUGGAAACCUCCUCCUUGGAAUGAUGUGGACAUUUUGAAGGAAAAAACGGUGACCAAUGUGACCCUGAACUUUGGGCCUCAGCACCCAGCAGCCCAUGGAGUCCUGAGACUGGUGAUGGAGUUGAGUGGAGAGAUGGUGCGCAAGUGUGACCCUCACAUCGGCCUUCUGCACCGAGCCACUGAGAAGCUCAUUGAGUACAAGACCUAUCUGCAGGCCCUUCCAUACUUUGACCGGUUAGACUAUGUGUCCAUGAUGUGUAACGAACAGGCCUAUUCUCUGGCUGUGGAGAAGUUGCUGAACAUCCAGCCUCCUCCCCGGGCACAGUGGAUCCGAGUGCUGUUUGGAGAGAUCACACGGCUUUUGAACCAUAUCUUGGCUGUGACUACACAUGCCCUGGACAUUGGUGCCAUGACUCCUUUUUUCUGGAUGUUUGAGGAAAGAGAGAAGAUGUUUGAGUUUUAUGAGCGGGUGUCUGGAGCCCGAAUGCAUGCUGCUUACGUCCGGCCGGGAGGAGUGCACCAGGAUCUACCUCUCGGCCUCCUGGAUGACAUUUAUGAAUUUUCCAAGAACUUCUCAGCGCGGAUUGAUGAGGUGGAGGAGAUGCUGACCAACAAUAGGAUCUGGCGAAAUAGGACAAUCAACAUUGGGGUUGUGUCAGCAGAAGAUGCACUUAACUAUGGAUUCAGUGGCGUGAUGCUUCGGGGCUCAGGCAUCCAGUGGGACCUGCGGAAGACCCAGCCCUAUGACGUGUAUGACCAGGUGGAGUUUGAUGUUCCAGUUGGCUCUCGAGGGGACUGCUACGACAGGUAUCUGUGUCGUGUGGAGGAGAUGCGCCAGUCCCUUCGAAUCAUCGAGCAGUGUCUGAACAAGAUGCCUCCGGGGGAGAUCAAGGUUGACGAUGCCAAAGUGUCUCCACCUAAACGAGCAGAGAUGAAGACUUCCAUGGAGUCACUAAUUCAUCACUUUAAGCUGUAUACUGAGGGCUACCAAGUUCCUCCAGGAGCCACGUAUACUGCGAUUGAAGCUCCUAAGGGAGAGUUUGGGGUGUACUUGGUGUCCGAUGGCAGCAGCCGCCCUUACCGCUGUAAGAUCAAGGCCCCCGGUUUUGCCCACCUGGUAAGACAGUCCCAGUGUUUGGAACUGCAGCACAUUCAUAAUGCACUGACCGCGCUCGAGCUGGUUUGGACAAGAUGUCUAAGGGACACAUGCUGGCAGAUGUCGUGGCCAUCAUAGGUACCCAGGAUAUUGUGUUUGGAGAAGUAGACAGAUGAACAGAGGCACAGCCUUUGUGAGCUCCCCUGCCUGUCAGCUUCCUCUUCAAGGACUGUCCCUUGUGGGAAAUAAGGUUAUGUGUAUUUGUGGUAUAGACAAACUUACUUGUACACGUUGACCUACCUGUACAGGUUUUCUGUGCAUGUACUAGAAAAGGAGAAAUUAUAUUAAAUUAGCCACCUUCCGGCCCCUAUG